AUGUCUACCCCAAGCCUGCAGAUGGCCGUCAAGGCCAUUAUGCCCGGCCAUUCAGGCCCCCUGAGAUUUCCCGCGGAUUUUCUGGCUGAUGACCUCCAGGACCAUUUCAAAGACAAGUCCGUCCAGGAGCAUGGUCCGUUAUGGGACCAGCUGUGGCAGCAGCAAAGAACCAGCUGGGACCGGGGCGGGCCCAGCCUCGCUCUCCACGAGACCCUCACGACCUAUCCUGAGCUCUUUGACGGCACGUAUCCCGAUCUUGGGCUGCUCAGCGAUUUCGUUAGCCAUGAAACUGGCCAGUCUUCUUCCUACGCGACCGCUCCAGCUAUGGCACCGAGGAAGAAGGCACUGGUGCCCGCUUGCGGCAGGGGUUACGAUGCUGUGCUCCUCGCCAAGGUAUUCGGGUACGACGUCAUCGGGCUGGAGAUCUCGUCGUCUGCCCUGGACGCCGCCAGGCAAUAUUUGAAUGGCGUCGACGAGAUGCUACAGGCACAUCAGACACAGCGGAAGCACUCCGUUGAAGACAACCCCGCCAUGCGCUUUUGGGUCGAGAAUAAGAGCCCAUCUCCAGGACGCGUCCAUUGGGUAUCUGGAGACUUCUUCUCAGACGACUGGCUGGUCGAUGCUGGCACUGAGCAAUUUGAUCUCAUUUUCGAUUACACUUUCUUCUGCGCAAUUCCGCCCUCGUCCCGCCCGCAAUGGGCCGCACGAAUGCAGCAGCUUCUCGCUCAGCCCAGCGGCAGACUGGUCUGCCUGGAAUUCCCCACCGGCAAGCAUCCAUCGACCGGUGGCCCUCCCCACAGCGCAGCCUUUUGGUUCUAUCAGCUGCAUCUUUCCAAUCCUGGGAACGACCAGGUCAUCACCUACGGCGAAAAGAAAGACUCCGCUUCGCAGGACCCUGGAAGAGAUAUCGAUCAAGCACAGAAGGAAUGGACCAUAAACGCCACCGCCGGCACAUCCACUGGUCCAGGACUCGCCAUGAUAGUCCGCUUCAAACCAAAUGUAACCCACGAGUCUGGCCAGAGCUACCAAGGCUCGUUCGGUCGAGACUGGGUCUCUAUCUGGGGUCAUUCUCUAGGCAGUGGGCUGCUAAAACCGGGGACAACAUCUGAGGGUUCCAAAGAGCAGGUGGAGAAGGAUGGCUAG